GGCUCUCUAAACGAUGUGUUGGUGAUCGGUUGUUGGUGGCUUGCCAUCUCGUUCAUUUGUAGCGGUUGCUCGUGCAGGCGACGCCAUUGGCAGCGUCCACCGUUGUUUUCAUCGCACUGUUCAGAUAUACGAAGGCCACUCACAUAGGAAGGGCACGCUCUCUACGAUGCUCUUCGGAGUGUGCUCUCCCCAGGAGAUCGACUUGAUGUUCGAAUUUCGCCAGUGCCCCCGAUCCCGAUAGUGGAACCAUCAGAGCGGGAGAAUCAAAACCAAAAUGUCCGCUUCACGUGCGGGGACGUACUCGUCCCGAUUGAACUACUACAACCGCAUGGUACAGCAAUAUAUUCUUGAGCAUCAAGAUCCUGUCAGCGGUUUGAUUCCAAGCCAAGGCCAGUUCAAAAACCAUGCCUGGGUCCGGGACAACGUCUACACGAUAAUGUGCGUCUGGGCUCUCAGCCUCGCCUUGAAGAAGUUCGACCCGUCCCGUGCCUACGAACUGGAACAGAGCUGCGUGAAAAACAUGCGCGGUCUCCUGGUUUCGAUGAUGCGGCAGAGUCACAAAGUGGAAAAGUUCAAAGAGACUUUGUGUCAAAUGGAUUGUCUACACGCCAAGUAUUCUUCUGUCGACGGUAACCCAUGCGUGGGAGACACAGAGUGGGGUCACUUGCAACUGGACGCUACGUCUCUCUACCUCUUGACCCUGGCACAGAUGACCGCCUCGGGACUCCAGAUCAUUUUCAAUAUGGACGAGGUGGCAUUUGUGCAGAAUCUCGUAUUCUAUAUCGAAUCUUCAUACUUCGUUCCUGACUACGGCAUUUGGGAACGAGGCGACAAGACCAAUCACGGCCUCCCAGAGUUGAACGCCAGCUCUAUAGGAAUGGCGAAAGCCGCUCUGGAAGCUUUGAACGACUUGGAUCUCUUCGGAGGCCGCGGCGGACCUCAGUCCGUUAUCCAAGUCCUCGCCGAUGAGCCCCAAAAAUGCGACGCAGUUCUUCGAUCGAUGCUGCCUCGCGAAUCGAACUCGAAGGAAGUUGAUGCGGCUGAGUUGUCAAUAAUCGGAUUCCCGGCUUUCGCCGUUUCCGAGCAAGAGCUUGUCGAUAAAACCAGAGAUACCAUACUCGAGAAGCUGCAAGGCAAAUAUGGUUGCAAGCGAUUCCUGCGAGACGGCUACCGUACAGCUCGGGAAGACAGUAAACGCCUCUACUACGAUCCGUGGGAGCUCAGCAUGUUCGAGGACAUCGAGUGCGAAUGGCCCCUAUUCUACUGCUACAUGGUGAUAAAUUCACUUUUCACGAACGAUAGAUCCACGGCCGAGCAUUACUUGAAACUGCUGAACACCAUCGUCGUCAAGGAUGAAAACGGCCUCAGCCUCAUACCCGAGAUGUACGCAGUGGCCGAGAAGCACAUAGAGGAGGAGAAACGGAAUCCCCACAGUCAAGUGCGGCACGCCGUCGGUACCACGCCGUUCCUCUGGGCGCAGAGUCUAUACGUUAUCGCGGGACUUCUGAUGGAAGGCUUGAUAGCUCCAGGGGAACUCGACCCUCUGAACAGACGCUUCAGCACGAACCGAAAGCCAGAAAUUGUGGUUCAAGUCACCAUUCUUGCCGAAGACCAGGAGACCAAGGAGGCGCUCCUGCCUCUCGUGUCCUGUGUUCAAAGCAUCCAAGAAGCCGCACCGGUCCAAGUUCGUUCCGCGCGGGUGCUUUCGAAAAUCUACUCGUGCCUUGGUUUGAACGAGAAGAUGGAGCUCAGCGGUCGGCUGUCCACCGACGUUGGACUUCUCAGCACAAGUAAACUUUACACAUUGGGCGGGAAGGUUUACGCUUUCCUUCCGCAGAACCUCGACGUAGAAAAAUUCCAUUUGGUCAACGACAUCGACCUCUUCCUCAGCACGAUGCGAUCGGAUAUCGCUGUUCUCAAGAGCAGCUGGAACAUGUUAGGCAGGCCAACAAUAAUCACGAUGAUCAGAAGUAGUCAACUGGACAACGGCAAGAUCCCUCCUCCGCUGCGUCUGGCCGUCAAGAAGCUCCUCAGCGGGUACAUCAACGGUACUCGAGUCACAGUUGGUACGAUAUCGGAUUUCCUCAACACCUCGUGCCUAUCGAACUUAUCCUUCCUGGAAGGACAGGAGUUGAAGCCUGAACUUCGAGACUAUCUGGACAGAGAGUACCGUCGAACCUACCUCAGCUAUCCCGGAGUUGUGGUCCCGCAAGCGCCCGGGAUGCAGCGAAUCAGACGCACAGGCGUCGCCGGUAUAAUUAGCAGAUCGCGUUCCGUCGUCGGUGACCCCGGUGACAUCCAAUCUAUGCAAUCAACCGGAACGAUUGGGAGUAGGGUGGAUGUGACCGAGAUGUUGCGCCAACUCGGAGAAACGAAGGAUCUGGACGAGCAAGGGGACAUACUGCAUUUCCUAGCGACGAACAAAGGCCUGGCUUGGGACACGGGACUCGGUCAAGCCCAUUCGGUCAUCACUGUGAAAGAUCUGUUCCAUAGAUUCUACCACGAAGCUUGUAAAGCGAAAAAAUGGGGGUUGGUCAGACAUUUCGCCGCCUCAUUGGGCAAGCGGGUCGAGGACCUAGCCAAGAGCCUCACAGAUCUGUUGGUCCGGCAGAAACAGGUCACGGUGGGCAUGCCCCCUAAUAACGAGCAUACACUCACAAGGCCCUUAUCCACGAAAGAAUUUCGUGCAAUCAUCGAGAAAGCUCAUCCCGGAGAUCAGAGCACGGCGAUGCUCACCCAGGAGCUGAUUGUAUACUUGGCAAUGUUCAUGAAUACUGAACCUCAGCUCUUCAACGAGAUGAUCCGCCUCCGGAUCGGUCUCAUCAUCCAGGUGAUGUGCUCGGAACUCGAGAGAUCGUUGGAUUGCAGCACGCAAGAUGCUGCCGAUGCGCUGCUGUCGCUGUCUCCGUUCGAUAUGCAGAACCUUCUGAAGAACAUUCUUUCCGGGAGGGAGUUCUCGCUCAAAUCGAUGGGUCCCGGGAGCUUGUCCCUGACGUCGAAAUAUUUCUCCAAAUGGGGAACUCGAGCUGGAGACAUCAUCAACGAAAAAGACGACGAAGAAGAUGCUAAACGUGGACAGUGGCUCAGGAGACGCAGACUCGAUGGGGCUCUGAACAGAGUACCGGCUGAUUUUUACGAGCUCAUCUGGAAGGUGUUGCAACGAUGCGAGGCGAUAUCAUUGGACAACAACAACUGCUUGACGAACAGCUUGACGAAAGAGAUGACCCCGGGAGAGUUGAAGUUCGCAUUGCGCGUCGAAGCUCUUCUCAAUCAUAUACCCGAGCCUGAGUACCGACAGAUGCUUGUCGAAGCUCUGAUGAUUCUUUCCAUCACUUGCGAACAGGACAUGCUGAUGCCGAAUUUCAUAAGAGUUGACACGAUAGUACAGACCGCACACGAUCUUUUCCUCGCUGAUCAGCUGCAAUACAAGGGGAACUCGACGCUCUGCUGCUUGAAUUACACAUCACAGGCUGAUCCCUGCCACAAAAUAGCUGGUCUUUGUGAGUUCUUCAUCGACUCGGCUCCGUCGGGGAGUUUUGGAACGAUGACCUACAUGCUCCGCAGUGUUGCCACACUCUACAUCCACCGGUCAGGAUGAAUGAGAUUGUUGUACAGAAGCGGCUAGCGGAUCCGAUUGUUGCACCGAAUUAUUCACCUGGGGAUAAAUUCUACUGGAUACUCGG